AUGAAGAAGAGCUUUUCGUUGUGGGAUUACCUUUGGUAUGCCACGCCCAUCUUUCUCGAAGGUUUUACUGCCGGCUGGGAGACGGGCUCUAUCGGAGGCAUCUUGGCAAUGCCUCAGUUCCUUAGCUACUUCAACUACCCGAGCGCUUUUCGUCAAGGAUCUAUGACAGCUUGCCUAAUUGCAGGCGAAUUCGGCGGCUCUCUUUUCAUGGGCUUUUUUCUGGCAGACCGCCUGGGAAGAAAACGCACCAUCUACGUGGCUGCAGCAAUAUAUCUGAUCGGACAGAUCAUUGUGGUCGCAUCUGUCGCUCAGGGAAUGUUCAUCGUAGGACGUGUCCUCAAUGGUUUUGGAGCUGGCGGCUUGAUCCAAACAGUUCCGCUUUACACGGCAGAAAUCGCACCAGUCUGGAUUCGUGGCCGACUGGGCUACAACUUGAACGCAGGCACAGCAUUGGGCUUGUUCGCCACAUAUUGGGUUCAAUACGGGAGUCAAAAUAUCCAUAACAAUGGAUCAUGGAGAAUGCCUCUUUCCCUCCAAUUCGUUCCAAUCCUCAUCCUCAUCGGUCUCAUGAUCCCACGACCAGAGUCUCCUCGCUGGCUAUUUAUGCAGGACCGAGGAGACGAGGCCCUGAUGGUACUGGCCAAGCUCCACGGCAUGGGAAAUCAGAAUGACGAGACUGUCCGGGCCGAAUACGAGGAGAUCCGGAUCAUUAACGACUAUGAGAAGACCAUGCCGGCACCAUCUUUGUAUGCUUUGUUCUUUAAGAAGGAAUACCGACGCCGCACUAUACUCGGAGCAGGCAUUCAGUUCUUGCACGAGAUCAGUGGCCCCAACAUCUGUUUGUACUACGCACCUAAAGUCUUCACCCAAGUCGGCGUCAGCGGAACACAGGCUUCACUGUUGGCUAAUGGCAUCAAUGGAGCACUUCUGGUUGUUACAUCUCUGACUCUGAUGUGGAUGGCGGACAAGUACGGUCGGCGAAAUCAGAUGAUCUUUGGCCCAAUAUGCAUGGGCACCUGCUUUGUGGUUGUCGGCGCCAUCAUGCGUGGCUAUGGGUCCCCGCAUUGGGAUUCUACAACACAAAGUGUCCAAUUCUCAUUUGUCAAUAAGGCUGCUUCCAAGGCUGCUAUUGCAUUCAUGUACUUGUACAUGGCUUCCUUCGGAGCAAUUUAUUGUGCGGUGGGACAAACAUACCCCAACGAGGUGUUUUCUCUUAGAGCCCGCGGUCGUGGCACUGCUCUGGGGGCAUCCAUGAACUGGCUCGUCAAUUUCUGGCUCGGGCUGUACAUCCCUUAUGCUCUGAACCAGGCUUCAUGGAAACUGUACUUCGUCUUCGCCGGUUUCAACUAUAUGAAUACGAUCCUUUGCUAUGUGUUCUUCCCGGAGACGGCCCUGCGCACACUUGAGGAGAUUGAUUUGCUUUUCACCCCAGAUCGCACAGUCUUUGUUUUCCUCGACAAAGAAGCCACCCGGAAGGGGAGACUGCUCCACGCUGAUCUGGCUGACGGCGAAACUGUGGGUCAGGAAAUGAAGAAGGCUCUUGGUAGUCUUGGGCAUGUGGAAAGCUGGUCGUCCGAACUCUCGCCCCGAAGUCAAGAGGUAAAGAAGGCUCAACUUAGUCAUGAGGAAGUCGUAUAA